CAAGUGGUCUUCUCCCAUAUGUGGGGGUUCGGCUUCCAUCCCCUAUAUAUACCUCCUCUCGCUCCCCACUCUCUUCAUUCCCACUCACAGUCUCCCAUUUCAAUUCCUUAUUCUUCGCCAUGCCUGCUUCUCUCGCAGCUCCCUCUUCUUCUCCAGCUAAACUCCCUAAACACUCUCCCUCUCCUCAUUCCUCUCUCUCUUCUUGCUCCCUCCAAGCCCUCCAAUUCCCCAACCACUACCAUCAACAUCAACCCUCCCCUCCUCUGCCACCAAAAUGGAACUUUCUUCAGAAGGCAGCGUCUCUCGCGUUCGACGCCGUCGAAUCUGCCUUGCUUUCCCGCGACCGUCUUCACCCUCUUCCCAAAACUGCUGACCCCGCUGUCCAAAUCGCAGGCAACUUCGCUCCGGUGCCAGAGAACCCGGUCCACCACUCCCUCCCCGUCGCCGGCUCUAUUCCCUCUUGCAUUCGUGGAGUUUACCUCCGUAAUGGAGCCAAUCCCCUUCACCAACCAGUAGCCGGUCACCACUUCUUUGACGGCGACGGCAUGGUCCACGCCGUUCAAUUCAAAGACGGGUCUGCCAGCUAUGCCUGCAGAUUCACCGAGACGCACCGUCUAGUUCAGGAAAAAGCUUUGGGUCGCCCAGUGUUCCCCAAAGCAAUUGGUGAGCUUCAUGGUCACUCUGGCAUCGCUCGUCUGCUUCUGUUCUAUGCUCGUGGACUCUUCGGCCUAGUCGAUGGAGAGCGUGGAAUGGGCGUGGCUAACGCCGGAUUGGUGUAUUUCAACAAUCAUCUUCUUGCUAUGUCUGAGGAUGAUUUGCCUUACCAUGUCCGAGUCACCCCCAGUGGAGACCUUAAGACCGUUGGUCGUUAUGAUUUCGAUGGGCAGUUAAAAUCGACAAUGAUUGCGCAUCCAAAAGUGGACCCUGUCACUGGAGAUCUCUUCGCUCUGAGCUAUGAUGUCGUCAGGAAACCAUACUUGAAGUACUUCCGCGUCUCCCCGGAUGGUGAAAAAUCCCCUGACGUUCCUAUUAAUCUCUCUGAGCCCACUAUGAUGCACGAUUUCGCUAUAACAGAGAGGUUCGUGGUAAUCCCGGAUCAGCAGGUGGUGUUCAAGCUUUCUGAGAUGAUUCGGGGUGGCUCUCCGGUGAUAUAUGAUAAGAAAAAGAUGUCCCGGUUUGGGAUUUUGGACAAGAAUGCGAGCGAUGCCUCUGGGGUGAGAUGGGUUAAGGCACCUGAUUGCUUCUGUUUUCAUCUCUGGAAUGCAUGGGAAGAACCAGAGAGUGACGAGGUUGUGGUGAUUGGGUCUUGCAUGACACCAGCGGACUCCAUUUUCAAUGAAUGCGACGAGAGCUUGAAGAGUGUUCUCUGCGAAAUCCGAUUGAACUUGAAGACAGGGAAGUCGACGCGCCGACCCAUUAUUUCUGAAACAGAGCAGGUGAAUCUAGAAGCCGGAAUGGUGAAUAGGAACAAGCUUGGGAGGAAGACGAGGUUUGCGUAUUUGGCACUUGCGGAGCCGUGGCCCAAAGUCUCGGGGUUUGUCAAAGUGGACCUUUUAACUGGAGAUAUUAAGAAGUAUUUCUAUGGGGACGAAAGAUUCGGAGGGGAGCCGCUGUUUCUUCCCAGAGACGAAAAUUCAGAAAGAGAAGAUGAUGGGUAUAUCCUAACAUUUGUGCACGACGAGAAGGAGCGGACAUCACAGCUGCGAAUUGUGAAUGCCACGAAUUUGAAAUUAGAGGCUUCCAUUAAGCUGCCCUCCAGAGUUCCAUAUGGUUUCCACGGAACAUUCAUCCAUUCAAAGGAUUUGCAGAAGCAGGCCUGAGACUAAUUCAUCAAGUAUAGCGGAGGAGAUGCAUCAGAGGGAUGGUUGCAGAUAUAGAUAUGACCCCGGAAUCUCUUCCUCCAUAACUUUUUCAUUCAUUUUGUGGGUUGGGAUCUGAUUGAAUUGAGAGGUCUUGGAGACCAGCGAGUAGUUUUCUUGGUGUAGUUAGCAAUGGAGCUCUGCUGGUUUCGGCUUAUUCUUUCACUAGGAAAACUAUAAUAUAGAAUUUGAUGUACUCUGUGUUUACCAUCUUCAUGACACGUAUGUAAAUGUACAACAAUAUUUUACUUCCUGUACCUAUCACCUCCUUUUUAAUCAGAAUCAGACAGAAUUCACUAUUCUUUUUUGGCA